AUGACAGUAGACAGGAGCAUCUGGCAAAAGACAGAGGAUUACGACGAUGAUGUUAAGUUAGACAGAAAGGAGAAGAAUAAGAUGAAGAAAAUGGAUAAGGAGAAAAAGAAAGAAAUUCUUCCAUCAAUGAUAAAGAACAAGGAGAAGAGAUCUGCCGUACACGCCAAACUCAAGCAUCAAAAGAAAGUCGAGAAGCGGAAGAGGCUUAAAACCCGCGAUGCUGAAGAGAAGCAUGCUCUCGAGCUCGGCGAGGAGCCUCCUGCAAGGAAGAUUCCACGCACCAUUGAGAAUACUAGAGAGCUUGACGAGACUGUUUGUCAGCCUGAUGAUGAGGAGCUAUUUGCUGGUAACGAUGCUGAUGAAUUUAGCUCCAUUUUAAAACGUGAACUGCCUCCAAAGAUAUUGAUCACCACUUCCCGUUUCAAUUCUACUAGGGGACCAGCUUUUAUAUCAGAACUGCUUGAAGUGAUCCCAAAUGCACAUUAUUACAAGAGGGGAACUUAUGACUUGAAAAAGAUUGUAGAAUAUGCUAAGAAGCAGGAUUUUACUUCUCUUAUAGUUGUUCACACGAACCGCAGGGAACCUGAUGCUCUCUUGAUCAUUGGCUUGCCUGAUGGACCUACUGCCCAUUUCAAGCUCUCAAGGCUUGUUCUACGCAAGGAUAUCAAGAAUCACGGAAAUCCAACCAGUCAUGAUCCGGAGCUGGUCUUGACUAACUUUACAACCCGCCUGGGUCAUCGAAUUGGGAGAUUGAUACAAUCACUUUUCCCGCAAGAACCAAACUUCCGUGGUCGGAGAGUUGUUACCUUUCACAAUCAACGUGAUUAUAUAUUCUUUCGGCAUCACCGGUACAUCUUUGAAACCAAAGAGAGUAAAAAUAGUGAUUCAAAAGCUAAAAAAGGAAAAGAUGGCAAGGUUGAGAGGAUCACUCAACAGAAAGUGAUUGCGCGUCUUCAGGAGUGUGGCCCUCAAUUCACACUGAAGUUGAGAAGUCUCCAACAUGGAACCUUUGAUACCAAAGGUGGUGAAUAUGAAUGGGUUCACAAGCCGGAAAUGGACACUAGCCGAAGGAGGUUUUUCUUGUGA